AUGGUCAUGAGCUGCAGCCCCGCAUCCACCAUGCGGUGCGUCAAGCCCAGCAGCGUACAGCAGCUACGCCGCGCCGCCUCAUCGGUAGGGCUAGGGCGGCGGGGCGUGGCCACUGCCUCGGUCGCGGUUGAUCACGGCAGCUACACGGGAGUCGGCGUCUCGCCGCCUGCAAAGGGCCAUCACUUCCUGCACAUCGAUGACUUUGACCGUGAUCAGCUACUGGCCAUGCUGGAGACGGCGGCGGAGGUCAAGGCACGGCUCAAAGCGGACGACCAGAGCUUCAAGCCGUUUGCGGGCAAGAGCCUGGCCAUGAUCUUCACCAAGCCCUCCAUGCGCACCCGCGUGUCAUUCGAGACGGGCUUCUUCAAGCUGGGCGGCCACGCCAUCUACCUGGGCCCAGACACCAUCCAGCUGGGCAAGCGGGAGCCCACCAAGGACAUCGCGCGUGUGCUGGCACGCUACAACGACAUGAUCAUGGCGCGCCUGUUUGCCCACGAAGACAUCCUGGAGCUGGCCGAGUUUUCUUCCUCGCCCGUGGUCAACGGCCUCACAGACUACAACCACCCGUGCCAGAUCAUGGCCGACAUCAUGACGGUGAAGGAGCACAUCGGGCGGUACGAGGAUGUCAAGGUGGUGUACGUGGGCGACGGCAACAACAUCGUGCACAGCUGGCUGCGCCUGGCGGCCCGCCUCAAAAUGGAGUUUGUGUGUGCCUGCCCCAAGGGCUUCGAGCCCGACAAGGCGUCUGUGGCGCUGGCGGAGGCGGCAGGCAUCAGCAAGAUCAGCAUCAGCCACGAUCCUUUCGAGGCGGUGAAGGGGGCCGAUGUGGUGUACACAGACGUGUGGGCCAGCAUGGGGCAGAAGGACGAGGCGGACUACCGGCGGCAGCGCUUCCAGGGCUUCCAGGUGAACGAGGACCUGAUGAAGGCUGCGGGGCCUCAGGCCCGCUUCAUGCACUGCCUGCCCGCCGAGCGCGGCAUUGAGUGUACUGAGGGCGUGGUGGAGGGAGCCACCUCAAUCAUUUUCGACCAGGCCGAGAACCGCAUGCAUGCCCAGAACGGCAUCAUGCUGCACGCCAUGGGCCUUGCCUGAGGCCCGCACCUGAGUCCGCGGUGGGAGAGCCGCCCUACACCAGCAGAGCAGCCAGGCCGCGUGCGCAUUGGCACACGGCGGUGCGGUGCCGGCGUGCAGUGGCCGCUCUCUGCCUUGUUGAGUGUGUUGUUUAUGUUGCUGGCGGGCGUCCUGGGGCGCUGGGAUGGCCCUGCCCGACCAGUUUUCUGUGCCACCCCCUCGAUUGAGAAGCGUGUCACUGCCCCCAUCCGCUCCAUCCAUCUUCCGGUGCUCGGUGAUGUAACACGGCAAGC